GCUUCUUUCUCACGGCAGCUGUACUUUUCUCUUUCUUCUUUUGCCGCCUGUCACCAUGGACAUGGAUCCCAUGACGCGGCGGGAGGCCGACAAGGUGGAACGCAUUCUUGUCGACCUCGUGGAGGAGCUGAAGCUGCUUUCCUUCCUCCCAGAAGAGUUCAGCUCAUGGGUGCGCGACGAGACGGUAGUGGCUGCGAUCGGCAGUGAGAGCAACCACUUUCUCCAGCUCUACGAGGCCCACGCAGCGCGCAAGGAGGAGGAGGAGACGGCGGAGCGAGAGCGCAAAACAGCACGAGCUGCGGCGGCCGGCAGCGGACAGGAGUGGGCGGGCGAUCGCUCGCGCCGUACCCACGCCCGCGGCAGUGCAGCGGCCUCCAUCCACAUCCCCAGCGGCGUCACGGACAAGGCGUUGGCCCACUCCGCCGCCACCUCCUCUUCAUCCUCCGACGACUUGUCGGCUGACUGGGCCGAGUUGGAGAAGGACGGCGGCGGCAGCGGCUCGACCGUGAACUCGCUCAACGCGUCGGCGAUGGCCCUCGAGGACGAGGAGGAGCGGCAGCGCGCGAUCAAGGCGGGGUGUUUUGUUCACACCGCCGCCCAGUACGGGGACCCGACGGACUACGAGGACAACGAGGCGGUGGCGCAGGUGAGCGAGUUUGCGCAGCUCGAGCGCGGUUUGCUCGACAGCGCGACGACGACGGGCUACACCGAUCCGAACGACAUCCAAAUGCACCACCUCACCGCCCGCGCCGUAGUCGACACGCUGCGCGAGGGCGGCUACGGCGCUGCGGUGCAGUACUUCCUAAAGCGGCUGUACAGGACGCCCCGCGCGGCGCAGGGUGUGAAGGGCGCGAAGGUGGGUGCCCCCGCAACGGACACCGUUCAAAUGCAUGUCUACGGCUGCGGUAUGGUCGAGGAGAGCGUGGACCACCUGCGCGAGCUUGUGGAGACCCUUUACCGGCUCAUCCACGAGCGGAACCGAUCGACGGUGAACGAGGACAUCCAUCGCUACCAACUCCUGCACGACGCGGUGAACAAGGACCAGGCCGGCACGGCGGACGUGCAGGUGCUGAACCAGCGCUUCCUCGACGUGAAGGCGGCACGGAAGCGCGAGGUGGCCGAGCUGGACAACGAGAUCCAGCAGUUAGAGGGCGAGCUGCAGUACGUGCGGCAGGCCGCCGAUGUCGAGCUGGAGGCCCUCCAACGCGUGCAGGAAACAAUCCAAAACGAUCACCGGUGCACCCUGAGGCAGCAGCUGGAGGCGCACCGCACUGCCGCGGAGACGGUGGCCCGCAACCUGCUGCAGGCGCAGGCGAAGAACCUCGACGAGCUGAACGUCCUCCGCUCGCAGCGCACAAAGCGGGAGGCGGCGGUGAGCGGGGCCAUCGCCGACUACGACGCCCAAACGGCACAGCUGGAGGCGGCGGUGCGGCAGUUCAACCACGAGGCCGAGGAGGACACGGAGCGCAUCGUCCGGCUGGAGGCGGAGGUGCAAAGUUUGCAAAAGCAGAAGGACGAGUUUGCGUGGGAGCUGAAGGUGGCGGAGCAGCGACAGGAACACGCGAGUGUCAUCCGGCAGCGCCAGGAGCAGGACGCUCGGGUGAUUCAGGCGUACUAUCGGGCCUUCCGCGCCCGACAGCUGGCGCAGCAGGCGCUGGAGAAAGGGAGCAAGAAGAGCAAGAAGAAGGGCGGCGCGAAGAAGAAGUAA